AACAUCCUGACGCGAGAGGAGACGUCCUACAUGUGUGACAUGGCCGUGAACCGCUUUGAUAAGAUCAUGCAGGUGCUGAAGUCCAUGCUGCUGGUCUUCAGGAACAUCAACACCGUCUGCUGCAUCAGCAUCACUCUGGGAGCUCCAGUCGACCGCUACUUCAUCAUGGCCAAGUGUGCUGUGAGGGGACGGGGCAGAGCUCAGGCCGACGACACCAGGAUGCUGUCCACACUGUCUGUCUUCCACUGGCUCUGCUCCUUCUGGGAAAGCAUCACGUUUGAAUUCACUUUAAGUCAUUGUGUUCCUCCAGGUCAGAGAAGGUGCUCAUGAGCGUGACUCGCUCUCUGCUGCAGUCUCAUCAUUCACGCUGGAGCAGGACGUGUAUCAGUAUCUGAAGUGAAGCGCUGUCCUCUGAGCCUGUGGUUUUACUCAUGCUGCGUGUGGCUUUGUGCUCAGAGCUUGAGCUUCCAGGAACCUCUCACAGUCUCUCUCUCCCCCCGUCUGUGUUGCUUUUCUCUGAAAUAUGUGCUGGAGAGCUGCAUUUCACAGAAAGCCGAGCACGUUUUAAUUGAGCUUUUAUCAAUAAUGAUAUUCUGGCAUUUAAAAGACUUGUUUCAUUCAAGACACUG